AUGAAAAUCCGCAAAAAGGCCAAUAUAACAAGGUCUCUACCUAAGCUUCCAUUCUAAAAUAAGAGUCGUUUUAUUACUUAAAAGAAUGAGGAUGAGGAACUUGAUUUCAGUAUUGAUUUCUUUCCUGAAACUACAACAAGUACGAAAAAGGAGUUUUAUCGAUUUCACAAAACAAUCGAAAGAAUUUAAGAAUAAAACCAAUUUUAUAAUAGAAAUGAUAACCUAAUGAGUAGUUUGUCUUCUCCGCAAAUUCCUCCUGGGAGUUUUGGAUUAUUUAAUCGACAAAAGAAUGAUGUUUUGCACUUAAACCAUAUGAAGUAUGGGGACAAGUAUAUGGUGAUUUUGGCAAGGGGAUUGCAGAAGCAAAAUGACAUCAAGGAGUUUCACCUAAAUAACAAUCGAAUGACAUAGUUGAGUUCAUCUGAGAUUAUAAGAAGUACUAGAGGAGCAUAUAAGUUGAGUUUAUCAAAAAACAAGAUUGGCAGUGGAUGUUUGGAAAUCGGAAAUUCUUUGGUGAGUCGAGAUUGCAAAAUAUAAUUAUUGAAUUUAGAAGACAAUAAACUAAAAGAAAGCUAAAUAAUUGAAAUCUUGGAAAGGGUUGCUGAUAAUAGAUCAUUGAAGAUUUUGAAUUUGAGUAAGAAUAAUAUAUCGAAUAAUUGUUGUACUGCACUUUGUAAUAUGAUUUAAAAUAAUGAAGACAUAUCGGAAUUAUAUUUGCAUUUUAAUAGAUUGAAUGGAAAUGGAGCAAUCAUGAUUUUUAAUAGUUUGCAAAAAUCUAAUUUAAAAGUAUUAGAUUUAUCCUAAAAUUCAAUAGGAAUUGGUUUGGAUUGGUCAAAUAGUUUUAAUCAAAUGGUGAGCACCAAUACAGAAUUAAUUCAUUUCGAUUUGUCUUUUAAUAGAAUCCCAUAUAAAAUCACAUGUAACAUAGCUGAAGGAUUGAAAAAAAAUAAAACAAUCAUAGGAUUUCAUUACACAGGUAAUUCUGGCUAUGUAGAUACAAAAGGAUUUUUGAUACCUAUUGAAUCUGGAGAAACGGAAUAGACUCAACAUUAAAUUGCUCAAAGAAUACAAGGAUGCUAGUACAUCAAGUAGAAACGAUUAAGAUCUUAUCGAGAUACCAACAUAAAAGAUUGUUGUUGGAUUUGUGAAGGUUGGCGCUAAGUAGAUUUCUAAUGGAAUCCCCAAGAAUCUGGUCCAGCAAACGAUCCAAUGUUCUUGCAUCUAUCUUAUUUGAAUUAUGACGAUUUAUAUAUGGGAAAGGUUGAAGAAGGUUUGAAAGUGCAGAGGAUGGUUCCUCCAGGUUUGUGUUAUUACUUUUUUACAAAUGACGAUAUCCAAUGCGUGGCUUAGGAUUAACUUCAUAAGAGAUGGCCAUUACCAUUAAACAAAGUGCGAAUCUUAGACAAAAAAGUGGAUGUAAAAUUGAAUCAAUUAAAUUACUUAAAUGUUUAAGGAACAUAAAUCAUAGAUAAAUAUUAUAUGCCAAUUAUAAAUGUUUAGCCAAGAUAGGAGGACUUGAUUUACGUACCUGAUGUAAUUGAGAAUAAGAGAAUUUGGUCAUUUCCUAUAUCUCUGUUUAAGGAUUGGAAAAAAGAUACUGAUGAGCUGUUGGAUAAAUGUUUUUAAAAUGAUUGGAAUUUAAGUAGAAUUACCAAAUUGAUUAAGGAUGAAAAUGAUCGAAAUGGUUGCUAUGAAUUUUUGAGAUCAAACUAUCAAUAAAUAAAGGAUACUUAUAAACACUUUGCAUGCCUAUCACCCAUUGGAGAUAUUUGGGCCAUCUCUUCCUUAAUCAACUUAUAACUGUUAAGUUAGAUCAAGUUGACUGAAAUAAAUGAGAAAGGAGUCAUCAAAUAAUAGGAUAUGGAAUUGAAGUACUUGGCCACAAUAUCUGGAACAGAAAAGGGAAAUUACAGGAAACCAGAGAGAGGAAUGGUCAGAUUCUAAUUUCUUGAAAUGUGGAUCAGAAUAGCUGAAGACAAAUAUAUUCGAAACGGGAUUGCGAAAUCCUUUGAAGAAGCUUUGAGAUGGUUAUGGGAGGAUCAUCUUAAGGAGGAAUUCAAUAAAUAUAAUAGUUAGAUCUUUAGGGACUCUAGGUAUUGGAAUGAACAAUGUGACAUGUGCAUGAAGCAUUAUAAGACUAUAUUGGAUAGUGUUUAUAUCAGAUAUAGUGUGAAGAAGGUGAAGCCAGGAUAGAAGCCAUUUAUGAGUUUGUAGGAAUUGUAGGAUAUGUGUUCUCAUAUUGGUUUGAAUCAAUUGGAUACAUAUGGGCCGAACACUUCAUUGUUCGCAUUCAACAAGGCUAUGAUGACAUAGAUUGACGAGGUCAAUUCAGACAGAAUAUUUUAAAUGAGCUUUGUCGAGUUCUUGGAGGCCUUUGCUAGAAUUGCUGAAGAUAUUGAUAACAGGUCAAUUGGAUUGCAUCUUAAAAUUGAAUAGCUCAUUUGGAGAUGUUACAAUUUAUUUCCAGAUAUAUAUGCUUCACCAAAUCAGAGUUACUUCUAAGAUGAGUGGGAUUAAAUAAACAAAUAACAAAGUGAUGAAGACAUUGAUAAUUAUUAUUGA